UGUAACUUUGCAGGUUCAUACAUACCUUUCUCCCCGACGGAAACACAGCCCUAUAAUACCUUGAACAUUAUUAUAGUAUAUACCCCACGAUCGACGCCGCCAGGAUGACCUCGCCCUCGGUCCAGAUCAGACGAGAUCGAUCGGGUACGGCCUCGUCCGUCACUCAAAACACGAGCAGGAGCGCGAGGAGACCGACGAUAACCAUGUCUACAAAUACGCCUACGAAUAUGCGAAUUAGGGAAGUGGAAGAGACGAGUGAUAGUACACCGGUCUUGGGAAGAGUGGUGGAUGGAUUGCCAUUGCGGGAAGAGCCGGACGGGAUGGAGGGUGGUCGAAUUGAUAAUGUCAGGGGGAUCAACAAUCCGGACCUGACUGGAGAACCAUUGAGGAUAAAUACCAACAAUCUCAAUGUCCCCAGCACCAACAACAAUACACCGAAUCGACGGAGCCGAUCACGGACUAUCGACUGUAUCCUUGGCUCGCCCAUCUCUCCGCUCCCGUCUUCUUUAUCUCCCUCGACGCCAUCAGCCGCAGCUGCGAAUAGGAACCGGACUGGCACGAUCUCUCGUGGACCUCCCGUCCCUUCACCUAUCAUCGAGAACGAUACCGAAAAUCACGCUCCGCCGCAAGCUCACCCGGUCACGUCCACCUCUGUCGACCUAGUCCUCCCAGAAUCCACCGAACGGGACCUCAAACUCAACCGCCCCACCUCCGACUCCAUCUCUACCUCCUCCACCGGCUCGGGCCAUAGGAAGAGCUUAUCUUCGCACCGAGAACGCGCUACGGAGGACGACUACAAGUAUCCCCCGCCCCUGCGCAUCUCCGACGAUGGAGAUCGGAAUCAAGAUCGAGAUUUAGAUAGAGGGAGAGAAGAUAUCGGUGAGGGAGGUAUGAAAACGGGCAGGACGAGGGCUAGGACUGGGUCCGUCUCUUGGUUCAAACAGACCCUCGGUAUGAACGUCGCUGGUACUGUGGAUACGAGGAAGGUGGACGAGGAGAUGGGUUUGACCGGCAAGGAUAAGCGAGAUGAUACUCGGAGGUCGAGUUCUUCCAAGGGGGAUGAUGAAGAAGGCCCCGAGGCUAGGGAGAGGAGGCAAGAGGAGGAGGAAGAGGAGGACGUGCAUCGGGACGAGGUGGUCGAUCACCUGAACGUUAUCGAUGCGCAGGUCUCUGCCGUGACUUACUUGCAAGACGCUGCGAACAGUAUUAUGAUCCCGCCCAUCCCUUCGCUGUUCAAAUCUAAAGCUACCAUUACCCUCGAUACCCCUUCCCGGCCUGCGAACCCCACCCGCAGCACGAGUACCAACGCCAACACUACGGCAAACACCUCGACCCCCAAUCAGGACAACACGGACUCGAGCUCCGACUCGGACUCAGAAGACCUCCUGGAUACCCACGUGAAAGACGUCCUCGCCUCGAAACGCCGUUCGCCGAGAAAGGAAUGGUUCAUCAGGUCCAUGAAGGGAGCUUGGGCGUUUGUCAAGACGCCUAUCGGGGUGAUCACUGCGAUAUACGGGUUCUUAGUCGUCUUCUGGGGUGCUGCUAUCGUGCUCUUCCUUCUUGGCUGGAUCGACACGGGUAGCAAGGAAAACAAGGAUAAAUGGGUCGAGAUUUCCUCUCAAGUCACCAACGGUCUCUUCACCGUGACCGGUGUCGGUUUCAUCCCCUGGCGAGUGAGGGACGCUUACCGGAUCAGUGCGAUCUGGAGAUUACAGCAUAUCGACCGAAAGUUACGGAAGAAACGGGGGCUGGAGGCAGGCGUGGACAAGAACCAGGCGCCUGAUCCGGAGUGGGAUGAGGAUUUCGUACAGGUCUUGACGGACAAGCAACAAGCCAGGUUGAAGUAUCAACAACGAGCGUUUGGGAAAUCCCAGACGUGGUAUCGUCCUCACGAGACGGACACGCACAGGGCCUUUUCGUUGAAUUUCGCUCUCUGGAUCUGUCUCUUCACCAUCGGAAACAGCGUGUUUCAGUGUUUCUUGUGCGGGACCAUGUGGGGUCUGAACCGUCACGAACGACCGGCGUGGACGACGGGAACGUUGAUCCCGUUGAGCUUCUUGUGCGGGAUCGCCAGUGCCGUUCUCAUUUGGAAAGGGCAGCAACGGUCGAAGAAGACGGCCGAGGUCGAGAAGAAGCUCCGGGAUGCGCUCGGGAUGGAGGACGAAGGGGAGCACGAUUCGGAGGAAAAGGCCGCCAGGGAGAAUCAGCGGGAGGUUGUAUGAACGGGUCAUCAGGAAUAGAUCUUUUUCGGGCUCUGGUAUGGAAAGAGAGGUUGUACUUGUACUUGUAGGAUUGUAGAACGUUGCCUGCAGUCAAAUUAUAAUGAAGAGGUUGUUGACAAA